AUGAAAAAAGUAAAAAGGUGAAAAAACAUAGUGUGAACCCAGGCUAAUAGGUCAGUUUAAGACACCAUGAACAGCAAAGAAAUGACACCUGACCAUGUCCAAAUGUGAACAAUCAUGCUUUGUUUUCUCAUUUUAACAUCUCCUCACUAAUAAUUGGUUUUUGUUUCAUUUCACAAUUUAUGACAAAAUGAAAUGUGUUAAUACAAAAUACAAGUCCUCGUAAGGGAAAAAUAAAAUUGUAAGGAGAAAUGAAAAUGCUAGUUAACCCCUUAUGGACGGAGGGGGGGUUAAACAACCUUUAUUUGCACGUAGUGUUUCUGCAGGACACUACACGUGAGUGUGAACACAGAUCACCCUCCUCCCGGUCUUAGUACUAGGACGUGGAUGAGGUAAGCGGGAAGAGGAGGUAACUGAUAAAGGCGCCAAAACUCAAGAGCGGGAGAUCCCUGUCGGCGGCGGCUCCUCUCACCCUCUGUACACCAUGCCAGCUGCAGAAGAGGUGCCCAGCGUCCAGAACGGACAUGGCGGACAGCGGGACCCCCCGCACGACGAGCUGCAGUACCUGGAGCAGAUUCGCCACAUAAUACAGCGCGGUCACCGCAAGGAGGACCGGACCGGUACCGGAACCAUCUCGGUGUUCGGUAUGCAGGCGCGGUACAGCCUGCGAGAUCAGUUCCCUCUGCUGACAACAAAGCGCGUGUUCUGGAAAGGAGUGCUGGAAGAGCUAUUGUGGUUUAUUAAGGGUUCUACAAAUGCAAAAGAGCUUUCUGCGAAGGGUGUAAAAAUUUGGGAUGCGAAUGGUUCCAGGGAAUUUUUGGAUAAGCAAGGAUUUGUAACCCGAGAAGAAGGAGACCUUGGACCUGUAUAUGGAUUUCAGUGGAGGCACUUUGGUGCUGAAUACAAAGACAUCCACACAGAUUACACAGGGAAAGGCGUGGACCAGCUUCAGAAAGUGAUUGAUACCAUCAAGAAUAAUCCUGAUGAUAGGCGGAUCAUCAUGUGUAGCUGGAACCCUAAAGAUAUUCCAAUGAUGGCACUGCCACCUUGCCAUGCCCUGUGCCAGUUCUAUGUAAUUAAUAAUGAGCUGUCAUGCCAGCUGUACCAGCGAUCUGGAGACAUGGGCCUUGGAGUGCCAUUCAAUAUUGCAAGUUAUGCUCUAUUAACAUACAUGAUUGCCCAUGUCACAGGAUUAAAGCCUGGUGACUUCAUCCAUACUUUGGGGGAUGCUCAUGUGUACCUGAAUCAUGUUGAGCCAUUGCAAGUUCAACUUCAAAGAAAACCUAAGACAUUCCCUAAACUUAAAAUCCUACGAACAGUGGAAAACAUCAAUGACUUCAAAGCAGAAGAUUUCCAGCUUGAAGGCUAUGACCCGCAUCCCACCAUUAAAAUGGAAAUGGCCGUGUGAUUUUUUUAUUUUAUUUUUUGCUUAACUUUAAUGUUGUAAAUUUUGUCUUUGUACUAAAUAUGUAAAUUUUUUGCAUCUAUUCUUUUGCUGUUUCUGAAGCCAGUCUUUCAUAUUCACCCAUUCAUUUCAAAAACAUGCUCGUAUCAUCAUGCUCAUAUCAUACCCAGUGCCUGGCAUUGAGCAGCAGACAGCUGCCAUUAAUAGCUGGCAUGAAAUGUGUCCGACAGCAUUUUGCAGUGUGCAGCACUUAUCUUUACUUGUGCGGUCACUAUAUCUGCUUGCCACGAUGUAAUGGGAGCCGAUCCAUUGUUGUGGUAGCCCGAGGCCUGUACUGGGUUUUGUGGCUGCCAUGACUGAACUAUUGAUACAGUGUAAUUGAUCUGUAUGACCAAGUCCCCUAAGUGUAAGGGUUUAAAAAAAAAAAAACUUAAUAAUUCACAUCACUACCUCUCCCCCUUACAUAUUAUUAUUUUUUUCAUUUGACAAAUGAGAAACAAAAAAAAAUAAUUAGCAUCACCAAUUGUACAAACUCCUAAAAUGGUAUUGGUGGGCGAAGGAGAGAAUUCCUGAAUACCCACAGGUAAAGUUGCUGAUUUGGUUACAACAUAUUAGAAAAAAAAGUGAUCAAGGUAGUGCCAUCUGAAUCAAAAUGUUACCGAUUUAAAAUCUACAGAUCACAGUGCAAAAUAUGAGCCCCAUAAGUGGGAAAAUAGUUAUCUGGGUCAGAGUAGAGCAGUUCUCAAAUUUUUUU